AUGGACAACUUUCUGGCGAACACGGGGCGAAGUCAGACCGAUUUAGACUACGCUUAUGGCCUUAUUCGCUUCUUCGACAUUACUGCCAUCGACCAGGCCAAGUUCCAGUACCAGUACCGUGGUAUCAAUGGCCUGCAGUACAAGUAUGCCAACUGGUACGGCGGCGAGCCCAACACGGUGUUAACCCAGUACAUUUUCACUCGCUACGUGAGUGAUGGGACUUGGCGCGACAUUUACCCGCAGUACAGCUAUCAACCGUACUGCAUGCGUCUUGAUCCGAGCCACAAAAUGGUGGGAAAUGUGAACCCUGAUUUCCUCUACACCAACCCGGUUGACAACAAGCUACCCCUCUUUGUGCGUUCGGACAUCAUCACGCCGUCGUUCACGGCGCUGAUGGGCUUUACCGCCACCGACUGUACUGCGUUGCAGGGCAUCCAGCCGAUGCGCUCGUCGUACUUUUGGGUGGAGAAGCCGCUGCCCGAGUCACUUCUUGGGACAAACAUCCGCAUCUGCACCUCGAACGACUUUGGCGUCAACUGGCAGCUUCAGACCGACUUUACGGUCACAGUCGCGCUCGGUCGCCCGUACCCGACGACCUUCACCGAUGUGACACCGAAAACGAUCGGUCAUGGAUCAACCGGAACGACUUCGCUGUCGGUCGUCGUCACCGACUCAGCGUAUGUCUCUGCCACCGGGGCUGAGUUUGCCUUUGUCGAUCCGGCGACAUAUGUCUCGGAUCCGGCGACCGCCUGUGCAGCGAGCGGCAUCUCCAACGCUUACCACGCAGCAACGCAGGCGUGCGCUUGGCUCAUAACCAAAGCCAAAGUCACUCUCGCCACGGCUGUCGAUGCAUGUGCCAAGGAGGGUGGCGUCGUUCUCGAGCGUGGCACCGAUCCGGAGUGGAAUACCUUUUUCACCUGGUUCGAUGGCAUCUCCGGUCUCGCUAGCAAUGACUACUGGAUCGGCUCGCGGCUGCUGACCAACCCUCGCAGCUUUGACAACGGGCUCCGAAUGCCUGCAACGUACGUCAACCCUCUCACACGUGCUACUACUUCGCAUCUCGGUGUUUGGCAGGCCUUUCCAAGUGAUCGUCCUAACGAGAACGACGUUGUUAUCAGGGGCAACUUUGGCCUGAACGGGCUCUUGCGCGGGACCAACGACCCCAACAACAAGUACGUGUUUGCGUGCAUGCGCCGUGGUCCGCCUCAAUUGUGCGACUCUAGUAGGAUCGGCGAGACGGCUGUGGCAUCGACAUCAGUCACUUUUGAGCGGGCAACUUGGAUGAACUGA